UGUCUGCGGCACAAACCCAUGGCCGACCAAGCCGAUCGCUGGCAGGCAUCGUUAUCGAAGUCUCGGGAGGUUCUGCGCCAUGCAGCAUCGUUGCUGGGUUCCCUGGCGGGAGGUUGGGUGCCCUUCUUUAAGGCGCACCUGCAUCGUCUACCCCGCCUUCGCAGCAUUUCAUCAAAGGAAUCGCAGAAGACGCCCAUGUCUUGCCAGUGCACAAUUUGAACGACCGUCGAUACACUGGUGCCUGGUGUUCCUGCGCGGGACCUGCAGAAGCUUCCGGCGCCGUUCUGUUAGCAAACCAGGGAACGGAAUAGUGACGUUACUGCGAUAUCACAGUACAUGGGCGUACUGCAUGUUCGCACAGUCUAGACGUUGAUCACCCAAGAAAAGACAAAGUGAACCAUUAGAAGUCGUUUUGCUCCUCGUCUGUUGAGCUUGUUCCUCCCAGAGAAUUUCUCGCGCAGGACAAACUUGGGAAGCUUUUCUGUGGGUGCCAUACUCGCAACACCGCAUCAUGAUGCAAUGCAGCGUACGAAAUAUUGAAGCACCGCUUUGGUCCUUACCCGCUAUCGAUAG